AUGAUUAUAAUAUUCUUAGCAAUCAAUGUGAUUGGUAAGUUUUCUUAUCCUUAAUUCAACCAAGAAUAAGAAAUUUCUUUGUAUCCAACAGUAGGAGAAUUUUAUCAAUAUUAAAUGGGCUUGGAAUCAGAUUCUUAAUUAAAGUGCAAAAUGCAUCCUGAAGUUCCAAAUGUCGAGUUUAUCAAUUAAUGCGAAAAAAUAUACUAAACAAAAGGAAAUUGUAAAAUAUUAUGAAGUUUAUUGUAGAAUUUAAAUCCAUGUCAUCAAACAGUACACAUUUUGGUACUCUGACAAAUAAAAAUGAAGUGAUUAUAUAUGAGUGGAAGAAUUCAAUGAUUCAAUAAUUUGGAUAAUCUGUGCCAAUUGACCCUUUGUUUAAUUGUUUUAACAUCAAUUUGUCUUUAGAAUUUUAAAUUUUGGUAGAUUGCUAUUACAACAAUGA